AUGCUUAAAUUCCAGUUCGCGGAGAUCGUGAACGAGGACGGCUCGGUGCGGCGACUGCGGUACCCGGUGGCCGACAAGUACCGCCAGUGCCUGCAGGGCAACCUCUCGCGUCUGGCCCGCGACGUCCAGGACUUCCCCGCCGAGCCCAGCCACCUCAACUUCAACUCCUGCCAGCUCAACCGCCACCUGCGGCACGGCGAAACGCCAAACUCGUUCCUGCCGCGCGCCUGCACCGACGCGCGCGUGUCGCUGACGCCCUUCCUGCGCUGGAAGCUGCCCGAGCUGCGCGGCGGCAACCACUACACCAGCUGCCUGUGCAUGAAGAGGAACGGCAUGCAGGUGUGGUGCCCGCGCUGGGGCUGCCGGGGCUCCUUCCGCUGCCUGGCCAGUCGGCCCGGCCUGCCGCUCGGGGCGGCCGCCCCCCGCGACCCCGACCUGCCCGUCGAACCCACGUGCUGCGAGUCCUGGGGGCAGCGCGGCAAGGAGGCGGACCUGCAGCUGUACCUCGUCAGGAAGGACCCCGUCGUCCCCAGGGGCCUCUACUAGAGUCACGGCCAGGCUGACGAGCUGCUUUCAUUGAAGAUUUAUCUACUCGCCUGGUGUGAGGUUAUGUCCGUCUAUCAUGUAAAUAAACACAGCAGCAGACGGCGAGCAGACUAGGACGACUACGACCUGCUGCAAGAUCCAUUCAACUGUGUGCUGUUAGGUCACUAGAAC